UCGCCAGAAAAAUUCACCACAUCCCGUUAGACUUCGCAAACUCGCCAACCAAAACUCCCCAUGGCGGCGCAGGCGCUGCCGUUCCUCCGGUGGAGCCGGAGCGCCGCCUCCCUCCGCGCGCGCUCCUCCACCACAGCCGCGCCGCACCGCCUCUUCUCGACCCUCCGCCGCCCCGCCGCCUGCUGCGAGGCCGGCUCCAAGGUCAUGCUCAAGGGGAUGGACUACUCGGAACUCGAGAAUUGGGUGCAGGCGCAGGGGUUUCGGCCAGGCCAGUCCAUGAUGCUGUGGAAAUGCCUAUACGGGAACAACGUUUGGGCUCAUUGUCACGACGAGCUAGCUGGUUUAAACAAGGACUUCAGGAAGAUGAUAACCGAGCAUGCUGAUCUCAAGGCAUUAACUGUGAAGGACAUUCUCACUGCAUCAGAUGGAACCCGUAAGAUACUGUUCUCUCUUGAAGAUGGUCCAGUGAUUGAAACAGUUAUCAUUCCUUGCGCUAGGGGCAGGACAACUGUCUGUGUUUCUAGUCAAGUUGGUUGUGCCAUGAACUGUCAGUUUUGCUUCACUGGGAGGAUGGGUUUGAGAAAACAUCUGUCAACAGCUGAAAUUGUUGAGCAGGCUGUGUUUGCUCGUAGGCUAUUCUCUGAUGAAUUUGGAGCAAUUACUAAUGUUGUAUUUAUGGGCAUGGGUGAACCAUUUCACAAUAUUGACAAUGUAAUAAAAGCCUCAGCAAUAAUGGUUGACGAUCAAGGUCUUCAUUUUAGUCCUCGCAAGGUUACUGUAUCCACAAGUGGUCUUGUCCCUCAGUUAAAACGCUUCCUCCGUGAAUCCAAUUGCUCCCUGGCCGUCAGUCUUAAUGCAACAACGGACGAGGUUAGAAAUUGGAUAAUGCCCAUAAACAGAAAGUACAAUCUUAACAUGCUUCUUGGCACCUUAAGGGAGGAACUUUGCCUCAGAAAGAAUUACAGAGUUCUAUUUGAAUAUGUUAUGCUUUCUGGAGUGAACGACAGUAUGGAUGAUGCAAAGAGGCUUAUCGAGCUCGUCCAAGGGAUCCCUUGCAAGAUCAACCUCAUCUCUUUCAAUCCCCACAGCGGUUCCCAAUUCAAGCCCACACCCGAUGAGAAGAUAAUCGAGUUCCGAAACGUUUUAAUUCAAGGCGGCCUUAUAGUUUUUGUUCGGCUCAGCAGAGGGGACGAUCAGAUGGCUGCCUGCGGGCAGCUUGGAGAGCCUGGAGACUACCAGCUGCCUCUGCUCCGUGUACCUGAGAAAUUCCAGGUCGCCUUGUGAAUUGUGACGCGCGGUGAGCAACUUGAUGAACACGCAGUUCCCGGAAGUUAUGCCAUCUCCGAAGACCGAUCUGGAAUUUUGCGAUAUGGUAUCGACGCUGUUGGUCCUUCAUCUGAGCCUGGAUAUGUAAGAACACAUUUUGACAUGGGCACAUGAUGCUUCUGCCGAUCCGUGGUGUAUCCUAAUCGAGCAUUUGAUAAGAAUAUAAACUGGGUUGUAGCAAGUUGUGUUACAUUUCGCA